AUGAAUAGUCGACUGAGUGAGCACUGCAACGACGAAAGUCUCAUGUUGGACAAGUUAAGUGAGCUGGUGGAUGCCGGUUGGUCGCCACGAUACGAUGAAGAAAACGAGAACGCCCUCACUUGGUUGAUGCUGAAUACGCAAUCGCUCAGCCAGACCUCCCAGUAUUCUGGCAGCUGGCUUGGGAGCGCACGCCUAAGGACAACGAUUUUGGGUGGUAUUGAGUCCCUCAGUCAAUGUAUCCUUACUGCUUAUGGGCAGAAUAUGAGUUUGGAUCUUGAACAGGCUAGCAAGGUGUUUAUUGAGACAGCAGAGGCACUAGAAACUAUUCUUUGGGACAUUCUACAAGAGGAAGGUAAGGGAGAACCUGGUAAUAAGGAAUGAGCUGAUGGAAAGGAAAUGGUGGUCAUUUUAUGUUAAGUUGAGGCAUGGGUGAGCGAGUAAGUAAAUUUAUCGUUUGGCAUCUUCAAAUUUUCACUUUUGCAGGUAAUUUAAGCUGAAAUUGAACCCUGAACCCUUUAGGGAAAGAUGAUGUACCUACAGUUGCGCCACUCGCCGUUCUAAC